UCUUCCACUCUUCCAUCCAAGAGGACCUGGAGCUUUCACUCUAAGUCUGAUUUAUUCAUCAAGGAUGAGGAGGCUUCUAGUUCAAAUCCUGUGCAUCACUAACAUUUUCCUGUGUUCUGCUAAUUCUCCUUCACUGAGUGAAGACAUCCUGACAAAUCUGUCUGCAGCUGGUGAGAAGUAUGUGACUGAAGAGAUAAAGGAGUCUCUACUCAGAGUGAAACAAGUGAAAGAAAAAAUGGAGAAAGAACAAGAGAAGCACAGGCACCUGAUGGAGGAAGUGAGGCACAGUGGAGACAAGAAAAGGGGGGCCAUGCAGCUGGCCAGGGAAACGGAGCAGAAACUCGAGGAGGCCGAGCGGCAGUGUCGAGAUUUAACUAAGUCUUUCUUUGGGGAAUGUCGGCCUUGUCUGGAGGAUUCUUGUAAGGCCUUCUUUACCUCUACAUGUCGCCGUGGCUACGCUUCCUUUGUUUUUGAGGUUGAGGAAUUUUUUAGGAAAAUGGCCUCCCAGGUUGAUGCCACAGAGCUGAAUUCAGAUAAACUUCAGUCUGGUUCAGCUGAGAGCCAGAUUAAAAAGGAUGAAACAGACAUGGAGCUUCUUCAGGCUGAUGCUGCGUUCACUCAGCUGCUGUCGAACAUCAGUGACUUAUAUAACCAGAGCAUCAGUCUGAUGAAGAAUUUGCAGCAUGUGCUUGGACCCUCCCUUCUCGAAGCCUUAACCUCAGAGCUCCAGUCGGGGUCUAUCUCUGCAUUGCCAAAUGAAUCUGACAGUCUUUUAAAAAGUUGGGGUUUGGAUCGCAUCUUUUACUCAGCAUUUGCGUUUGGGAAAGAUGUGCUGGAGGAAUUGAGCUCCACGGUGGAGGAUGUUUUCGAAGAGAUUCAAGAAGCAGACAAAUAUUUUCACCACUCAAACAGAGAUGCAGAAUCGCUUUCUUCAUUUGGACAGCAUCCAAAUGGGUAUCUGUGCCGAACGCUCCGCAGACAGGCAUCACAAUGUUGGCAACUCCAAAACCUGUGUGAGACCUGUGGAAAGAAUCUCAUAAAAGAGUGUCCCCGAUUGCAGCAGCUGCACUCUGAGAUGGAAGAGAUGCACACCCUGCUGAACGCCUCUCGUCUUCAGUAUGACGACAGGCUGCAGCUCGUCCACAGACACACAGCGGACACACAGAGGUGGCUUGGGGACACCAGGGACAAGUAUGGCUGGAUCAGCUGGGCAGCCAAUGACUCAGGGGCUCAGAGCAGCAGCUUCAGGGUGAUCGCAGUGAAUCUGCAGCAGCAACUAAGGACUAAGAGCCAUGGAGCUGACAUCAGUGUGGUUGUGUCCAUAUUGGAUUCAGCUCCUCUAACUGUAUCAGCCCCAGCUGAUCUAAUGGUAGAGGAUCCUGCUUUCAUGGAAUAUAUUGCUGACCAUGCUCUGACACUCUAUAAGCAGCAAAUAAGUGGAAUGAACUGACCACCUCCGCUUCUGAACAAAAUUCCUCUGAAAUGGAAAAAUAUCUGCAGUCAAGUCCACUCAUCUUGUAUAAUUUGAAGUUUAUGUCACUAAAACAAAUUGGGAAAGCUUUUCAGCUUCUUGCCUUUCCAUUGAUAGAUUUUGAAUUGCUUUACAGUAUACUGUCUGAUGCACUGAUGGCUAUUUUUCCUUCUUUAUCAUCAGCAUGAUCCUCAACAAUGACAUACGGAAAAUAAAGAAACUGAAGAAUCA